AUGGCCUCGAACAAUAACAAGGCAACGCCCAAAAUAACUUCUCUCACGGACCUCCCCUCAUCAGAGGCAAAAUGGAUCAAACUGCAAAAAGCCACCUACACCGACGCCCACGGCGCAUCCCGCGUGUGGGAAAUUGCUAGCCGCAAGACAACCGGGAGCGCAGGCGUCGACGCCGUGGCCAUGGGCAACAUCAUCUACCACCCCAGCAAGCCACCAUCGACCAUCGUGGUGAUCCAGUUCCGUCCACCCGUCGGUGGAUUUACCGUCGAGUGGCCUGCCGGCCUCAUCGACAAGGAUGAGACGCCCGAGGAAGCAGCGGUGCGUGAGCUAUACGAGGAGACAGGGUACAAGGGCACCGUUGUCUCUACCUCUCCGGCUGUAGCUGCGGAUCCCGGCAUGACGAGUGCGAAUCUGUGUCUAUGCAUGGUGGAGAUUCAUCUGAAGGAAGGGGAUUCAGAGCCCGAACAGCAUCUGGAUGAGGGCGAGGAUAUCCAGCGUGUUAAUAUUCCUGUAGCUGAGUUGUACACGCGGCUCGAGGAGUUUGCCAAGGAAGGGUACGUGAUUGCGGCGAAAUUGUAUCACUGGGCGGCAGGCGCACAGUACGCGAUUGACCACCCAGAGUUGUUCCAGAAGGCGGGGAAGAAGGCAGCGGGUAGCUUGUAA